GGCAGGUGAGAGGUAACAAGUUGAGAGGUCGGCUUAGCUAGCUAAACGGUAAGGUCGGUGCUGCAUGUUUGUGUUUUCAUAGUAAGUAAAUACUAUCUUAUAAAGCGAAGUUGCCUCGGCUCCGAACAGGUAAUUCCUCACAAAAACAAACCGGGUGCAAGGCAUUGUCGGCGGGCGGCACCUUUCAUGUUCUGGCGGGGCUCUUCUUGUUAAUGUUUGCAAGUUAGCUGCUUGUUGGCUUGCUAGUAUGUCGCAACAAAGUGCUUGGACUCAUCGGAGCUAACGUAACUUGAUUGUGGAGGAUAAACACGAAAGAUGGCUGUGUCGGUGCGGGGCCUGUACUUUAUGGUGACCCUGUUUUUGGGUAGUUUCUUCGGGAGCGUCUUCAUGCUGGGGCCAGUUUUACCCCUCAUGUUGUUUUCUCCUGCUUGGUACCGCUGGCUCACUGAUCGAAUUGUUGCUACCUGGCUCACCCUACCUGUGUCCUUGCUGGAGCUAGUAUUUGGGGUGAAGGUGGUGAUAACAGGUGAUGGUUUCAUUCCCGGGGAGCGAAGUGUGAUCAUCAUGAACCACCGUACCCGUCUGGACUGGAUGUUCCUUUGGUGUUGUCUGCUCAGGUACAGCUACCUUCGUCGAAAGAUCUGCCUCAAGGCUGCACUUAAGGCUGUGCCUGGCUUGGUGGGUUGGGCGAUGCAGGUUGCCUGCUUUGUCUUCAUUCAGCGUCGUUGGGAGGAGGACAAGAAGCACUUGGAGAACAUGCUGGACUACUUUUGUGACAUCAGAGAGCCCUUGCAGUUGCUACUGUUCCCAGAAGGCACAGACCUUACCGAAAAUACACGAGCAAAGAGCGACGCAUUUGCUGCACAGAACAGCCUGCCGAAGUUGGAGUAUGUUCUUCAUCCCCGCACCACAGGAUUCACCUUCAUUGUGGACCGACUUCGAAAAGGUGACAAUUUGGAUGCCGUCCAUGACAUUACAGUUGCGUACCCCAAGAACAUCCCACAGACAGAACGUCACCUCAUACUGGGCCAUUUCCCACGUGAGAUCCACUUCCACGUCCGGCGCUAUCCUGUGUCUUCACUUCCCACUUCUUCCUCUGACCUAGAAUCUUGGUGUCGGGAGCGCUGGGCUGAGAAGGAGGUCCGGUUGCGGGACUUUUACUCAAGCCAGCCCCGGGCCUUUGACAGGGAUGGUGUUGCGCGCGUGCCACCCUGUAAGUCAGAGUUGAGAGUAACUCUGAUCAAAGCGGCCUCACUGCUGUACUGGAGCAGCUUCAUUGCUCUGUGUUUCACUGGCCUGUGGCUCUGGGCUCCUUUCAGGCUUUACUUCCUGGUCAUGGUCGGAGUGUACACAGCACAGCACAAGCUGUUUGGAGGGCUUGAGCUGCUGGAGAUGGCUUGCCAUCGAUACUGGAAGUCAAUGUCUGUUGAUGUUAGUGAGAAGAAUAAAGUGCUAGAUGGGAAAAUGCAGUGAAGAUGAAAUAUGGUUGUGAAUGAACAGUGACAUGUUACCACCUGUACUCAGCAAAGACUGAGGACUCAUUUGUCUACACUUGUUCAGUCCGGUGAGCUAAAGGAUCCCUUUGUGGAACCUAGUGCUCCAUGCCUUAGAAAGAGAGUAAUAAGUGCACCCUUGAUGGUAUGCAUGGCUUCAGUGGAAGAAGCUUUUGGGGGGGGUGUUGGUUAUCCACAUUUAUCUGUGUUGGGUUUAGAGAAUUCAUCAUACAUGAUGUAUCACUUGCCCUUUGUAUGUCUCUCCUUGUAUAGUCACUGUUAUUUAGCUUGCUGUCUGUGCAUUUUAUUAGUUUUACAUUGUAGAUGUUUAUCAUGGUUGGUUGUUCAGAACCUCAGUAUGAAUGUGUGUCAUGAAAUUAUUCUGUUAUUUGUUGUACUGUUAUUUUUUUAAAAACUGGUUUUAUUCUAUGCUGUGAGGAUUUUUCUUUUUUUAAAUCAUGAAUGGAGAAGAGCCAUAGUACAGAAUGUGCACAUAUGAUGACUUGACUCUAGCGAAUAUUCGUACUAGCACUGUUAGCUGGAUUACACUGAUGGGACUAUUUAAAUCAGUCAGUUUCUAUUCAAAGUGUUCAGCAAAGAAAGAAAAGGACAUCUAAAAUUCCCAGAGUUAAAGGCAUAUAUGAGUACAGUUGUUUACGUUUAGUGGGUAUAAUUACCCUUUCUAAACAAAUUAGGGAAUUCCAUUUUUCAUUGUGAUUCUUAGCCUAUGUGGUGUUUCACUGUACAUGUCUCCUUUGCACAAGAAGCUUUUCCAGGUAAAAGCCAGAGGUAAGAAAAGCAAACAUCAACUUUAAAAACAAAAAGCAACCAAAAAGAAUGUAGUCCAUUUUAUCACGAAGCGGUGGCUCCACACCUCACUGAAGGAUUGCCUCUAGAUAUACUGAGGCAGUACUUGUACUAUCAGAAUUACAGAUCUGACUGAUAUGUCUGAAUUACUGUAGAAGCAGAUGAGCUUUCUGCUGCCUUUCUGGGAAGGAAGAGAUGCCUUGUAGAGACAGGAUGUAGGUGGUGCUGGGGUGGAAGAAUGUCCUGUUGGGACAACGUUACCCCUCAAUGUGCAGGGUGGCACAGAGAACCAGACUUGGAGUGGAAAACUGGCCCUGAACUUAACCUAAUCCAAAAAAGCCCUGUAAUGCCCACCUCUGCUGGUGUCCCUCUCCAGAGGACUGGCAUUGAUGCGCCUGCUAAACUCAAUUAGCAAAUGACAGCUGAGAAAGCGACUCCAGUUAAGCCAAAAAAGGAGUGAAAUUGAAAUAAGAUUGAAGCAGUGCUUCAGCUGCAGGUUUGCCUCUUGUUCUCCUUGCCUUUGCUCUGGGUUCAAAUUGAAUUAAUUUGUACUUCAGAGAGUAAAGGAACAGUUCAGAGUUUGAAAGUCCAUAGCAAUUUAUGUAACACUGUGCAAUGUAUGAUCUAGGUGACGGCUUCAGUCCAGUUUUGGAGUACACAUUUGUCUGCCGCACAAAAGUCGACAAAAGGGUCUUUUUUUUGGUUUUGUUUAUGCAAAUGUGAAGCCCCUCUAGUUUAGGUGUAAAGGGGCUUUUUCUAGUCACUGUGAUAUAGUGCUAACAACUUUAUCAUCAGCAUGUAAUAGUUUACCAAACAUGGUACUAUAUUUGUCCUUCAAGCCACUUAAAACUCCCAAACCAGCUGGAAUAUCUGUUUCAUCUGUGCUGUUUUGUGUCGGUCAUUUUUAUUACAUUUACUUGCUGAUGCUGGACCUCUUUAAAAAUCACUGUCCUCAGGUAAAUACAGUGGACACUGUUAUGAGUCGGUCUUUAAAUGCAGAAAUAUAUAUCUAAAUAAAUAUGCUGUAUCAACCCA